ACGAGGUGGUCACUCCAAAUAUAUUGCAUUUAUUUCAUAAGUUGAUCCGUAUGUGCAUCCAUAUUCACGUGUAUACACGAUUCCUCUAUGAAUUUUAUUUCAGUGUUUUUACAGCUGUCAUCGCAAACGCGCGCACUGCUGAUUGUUUACAAACAAAAAAAAUCCCUUCAAUUUUGCUCCGGCCACAUUUUUUGGAUUGCAAGGCACGCUAUGUUGAAUUCCGAGGAGUAAUCGGGACGGGAUACCAAGAUCCCGCAGGAGACGGAAGACGACCGUGCGGUGGUGGUGUUGGACUACCAGCGGAAGGGCAAGCGCCCCGUCAUGAAGACUACGACACGACAGACGUACUUUUUGCUCGUGAUUGGCCUGGUUGUUCCGGAGAAGCUCAAGCCGGGCGAUGAGAGUGAACAAGGACUCGUACGUCGUAUUUCAUCCUGGACACUUCCGGCCGAGUAUGACGCGCGCGUCAAGGCGAUGGAGGUGGACGAACGGCCCACCGAGCACUACUCGGACAUUGGCGGUUUGGACAAGCAAAUCCAGGAACUAAUUGAGGCCGUCGUGCUGCCGAUGACGCACAAGGACAUGUUCAAGAACCUGGGAAUUCAUCCGCCGAAGGGAGUGCUGCACGCUUUCGGCUGGUGCCUGUGUGGCGCAAAAAAAGUCGACCUUCCUGAAGCUGGCCGGCCCGCAGCUGGUGCAGAUGUUUAUCGGAGACAGUUUCAAGCUCGUCCGGGACGCGUUUGCACUAGCCAAGGAAAAGUCGCCGGCGAUUACUUCCUGCACGCAAUUACGCUGCAGACGCAUCUAACUGUUUCAUAUGCAUGUUUUAAAUUUAUUUGACCUAAUUUGGUCACCUG